AAUUAACACGAAGGCUUCGUCUUUCAGACCAAGAACACAACGAGAGCGAAACACAAAGAUAUAGCGCAGCGAGAGAGAGAUACAAGAAAGAGAGAGGGAUUUUUUCAGAAAGAUUGAAAAUUUGUGCGACCAUUUUCUUGGCCUCUCUCGAUCUGUGCUCGUCAGGUUUUUCUUCGCAAGCGGUUAGAUUCACAGCUCCCAAGAAUCCCCUCGCCGAUCUGCUCAAGUCAGCUCCUCAAUUUUCUCGGGUUCAGAAUUGGAGCGAGGAUUUGAUAAUUUUGAAGCGAAUUGCAGUAUGAGCAUCGACAGCCCCGGGGAAGGGGAGGAUUAGGGUUUUCGAGGUUUCGGCCAAAAAGGAAUUGGGGGGACUUCCAUGGGUGAUGGAGGCGUCGCAUGCAUGCCUUUGCAGCAGCAUCAUAUGGAGAGGUUUCCAAUUCCAGAGAAGACGCUUUAUGGCAGUGCAGGUAAGAAUGGCAGCAAUAGCAACAACAAUGGGUUCAAUUCCAAGUCGCUUAAGUUCGCUGACACCGAAAGAAAGAAGAAGAUGAAGGUGAAGAAGGAGCAAUUGGCAAAGAACGUAGAGUCCGAAAAGAGUGAGCUGGGAGCGAAUAGGGUUAGGAAGAGUAACAAGGAAGUUGAAAAUGGUGAAAUUUGUGCUGAGAAGGCGCAGAAGGAUGAGGUGGAAGAGGGUGAGUUGGGGACUUUGAAUGGAGAUUAUGUGUCACGGAGAAGUGAGAUUGAGAAGGGAGAGAUUGUUGAGAAAUGGAGGAGAAGUGAGGUGGAGAAGGGAGAAAUUGUUCAUGGGAAAGGGAGGAAAGAGGAGGUGGAGAAGGGCGAGAUAGUGCUGGAGAAGACCAGGAGAGGAGAGCCUGAGAGAGGAGAAUUUGGGUCGUGGAGAGGCACAAAAGAUGAGAUUGAGAAGGGAGAGUUCAUUCCAGAUAAUAGAUGGCAUAAAGGGGAAGCGCCAAGGGAUGAGUACAAUUACGGUAAAUCACGCAGGUAUGAUUCGGGUAAGGAGAAGGGGUAUAAAUCUGAGCUUGAGCGUACACCACCUUCUGGGAAGUAUUUGGGUGAUGAUAUUUUCCGGAGGAAAGAGUUCAACAGAAGUGGAAGUCAGCUUAGUAAAGGUACCAGGUGGGAGAGUGGCCAGGAGAGGAAUAUAAGGAUCAGUUCGAAAAUUGUGGACGAAGAAGGUUUAUAUAGGAAUGAUUACAGCAAUGGGAAGAACCAUGGGAGGGAUUACUCUUCUGCUAACCGGUUGAAGCGGUAUGGUGCUGAUUCAGAUAGCAGUGAUCGCAAAUAUUUUGGAGAUUAUGGGGAUUAUGCAGGUUCAAAAAGCCGGCGGCUUUCUGAUGACAACAACCGCACUGCCCAUUUGGAGCAUUAUUCACGCCGUUCUGUGGAGAGGUCUUACAGGAAUUUAGCCUCCUCAAAAAUGCCUUCGUCAGACAAGUACUCCUCUAGGCAUUAUGAAUCUUCUUUGUCUUCAAGAGUAGUUUAUGACAGGUAUGGUCGUAGUCCUAAUCAUUCUGAGCGGUCCCCACAUGACAGGGCCCGGUAUUAUGAUCACCGUGACAGGAGUCCUGUCCGGCGGGAAAGGUCACCAUAUGGUCGUGAAAAAUCUCCUCAUGGUCGUGAAAGAUCCCCAUAUGGUCGUGAGAGAUCUCCAUAUGGUCGUGAAAGGUCCCCAUAUGAUCGGAAUCGCCACAAUGAUCAUAGAAAUCGUAGUCCCACUCAUGCAGAGCGGUCCCCACAUGAUCGAUCUCGAAACCAUGAUCGCAGGGAUCGGACACCUAGCUAUGUGGAACGGUCUCCACUUGAUCGGAGUAGGCCCAGUAGUUAUCGUGAAACAAGUCGUAAAGGUGGAACAAGUGAAAAGCGCAACUCUCAGAUUGGUAGUAAAGGUCAAGAAGAUAAGCUCAUCCAGAGGGAUUCUAAUGGAGAAGACUCGCAGUAUCCAGCCAAAGAGUCUCAAGAUAGAAGCAGUGUUCAUAAUAUUAAUGGAUCUGUUGAGAAAAAUGUUGACUCUGAGCCUCGCAAAGAAGAGCAGUCUCAGAGUCCAAGCAUUGACUGCAAAGAAGCUUCUAACGUUGAUGGCCCUCUUCCUGAGGAGCUGCCAUCGAUGGAAGAAGAUAUGGAUAUAUGUGACACCCCACCACAUGUUCCCAUGGUGGUGGAUUCGUCUACAGGGAAAUGGUUUUACCUUGAUUAUUAUGGGGCGGAGUGCGGGCCUUCUAAAUUAUGCGAUCUUAAAGCUCUUAUGGAAGAAGGAGCUCUAAUGUCAGAUCACUUGAUCAAGCACGUAGAUACUGAUAGGUGGGUAACUGUUGAAAAUGCAACUUCUCCUUUGGUGACUCUGAGUUUCCCAUUCAUUGUGUCAGACACCAUAACACAGCUGGUGAAGCCUCCAGAAGCUCCUGGCAAUCUUUUGGCUGAUACAGGAGAUGCUAGGCAAUCUGGUCCUCAGAGUGGCGAGGAAAUAUCUGUCACUUUGUCUGAGCCAGUGGUUCGCACAGAUGACACUGCAGCUGUUUUCGAGCCUUCAAAGGAUCCCCACAUUGAUGCAAGGGUUGGGGCUCUGUUAGAGGGCUUUCCUGUUAUUCCUGGCAAGGAACUUGAGACUGUUGCAGAAGUUCUGCAAAUGAAGUUUGAACAUGCAGAAUGGCAAGGGUGGGGAAAUUCUGAAGGUACAGGUUUCCCGUGGUGUCAGACUCACAUCAGCGAACAUUCUGAUCAGAAAACCGACGAAUUGUCCAGAAUUUCUGACAUUAAAUCAAAAGAAGCUUUAAUUGUAGCCUCCGAAAAGGAUCAUGUUUUUGCCUGUGGAGAAUUUGGUGACUGGUUUUCUGGCCGAUGGUCAUGCAAGGGUGGGGACUGGAAGAGGAAUGAUGAUGCUGCCCAAGAUAGAUCUUUCAGAAAGAAGCUUGUUCUCAAUGAUGGCUUCCCGAUAUGCCAGAUGCCAAAGUCUGGGCAUGAGGACCCUCGGUGGCAUCAAAAAGAUGACUUGUAUUUUCCUUCCCAUAGCAGGAGGCUUGAUCUCCCUCCUUGGGCCUUCUCUUUAUCAGAUGAAAGGAUUGAUUGCAGUAUGAGCAGAUCACUUCAAAGUAAGCCUGCUGUUGCAAGGGGAGUGAAAGGAACUAUGCUUCCAGUGGUCAGGAUAAAUGCAUGUGUGGUCAAGGACCAUGGUUCAUUCGUUUCUGAUCCCCGCAUGAAAGUCCGAGGAAAGGAGAGGUAUUCUUCUAGGUCUUCUCGGCACUACUCUUCAAGUAGUGAUGGCAAGAGAUCAUCGGUAGAAGGCGAUUCUCAGUCAAAAAGUGUUAAUGAUCAAGGUUCACAAGACUCCUGGAAGUACAUGACAUCUAUCAACGCUCCAAAAGAUCAUCUUUGCACAGUUGAUGACUUGCAAUUGCAUUUGGGUGAUUGGUACUACCUUGAUGGUUCUGGGCAUGAGCAAGGGCCUUCAUCAUUUCCACAGCUGCAUGUCUUAGUAGAUCAAGGUAUUAUUCAAAAACAUAUAAGUGUUUUCAGAAAAUCUGAUAAAAUUUGGGUUCCAGUUGCCUCUGCUGGAGAGACCUCUGAAGCCACUGUCAAGAGUGAACAGGAGAACGAUUCCGCUGGUGAUUCUUCAAGAACUGUUUCACAAUCUCAAGCUUCUGCCCUUGGUGAUCCUAGAACAAAACCAAAAUUUUCUCAUGACCUGCAUCCUCAAUUCAUCGGUUAUACACGUGGGAAGCUACAUGAAUUGGUAAUGAAAUCAUAUAAAAGCCGUGAGUUUGCCGCAGCCAUAAAUGAAGUCUUAGAUCCAUGGAUCAACGCUAAACAGCCAAAGAAGGAGAUGGAGAAGCACAUAUACCGUAAAUCAGAAGGUGAUGCACGUGCUUCCAAGAGAGCCCGGCUGCUGCUUGACGAUAUUGAAGAAGACUACGAAAUAGAAGAGGACACACAGACAAUUCAAAAAGAUGAGUCCACGUUUGAUGAUCUAUGUGGUGAUGCUACUUUCUACAGAAAGGAGGGUGCAAAUUCUGAAACUGAAAUGGGAAGCUGGGGUUUAUUGGAUGGUCAUGUGCUUGCUCGAGUUUUUCAUUUUCUGAGAUUAGACAUGAAAUCCCUUGCCUUUGUUUCUUUGACAUGUAAACACUGGAGAGCUGCCGUUGGUUUUUACAAGGACAUUUCAAAACAGAUUGACCUAUCAUCUUUGGGUCCUAACUGCACCGACUCCAUACUCUUGAACAUCAUGAAUGGUUAUAGCGAAGAAAAGAUAAAUUCGAUGGUUCUAAAGGGUUGCACAAACAUUACCUCAGUAACACUUGAAGAGAUUCUUCAUUCAUUUCCUUGUAUAUCUUCUAUAGACAUCAGAGGUUGUGGCCAGUUUGAUGAAUUGGCUCGCAAAUUUGCAAACAUGAACUGGGUCAAGUCUAAAAUAAGGAGUCUUAAACAGAUUACUGAGAAAACUUCAUCAAGUUCCAAAAAGGGUCGAGGCUGUGAUAUUGAUGAUUUUGGUGAACUAAAGGACUAUUUUAAUAGUGUCGAUAAAAGAGACUCAGCGAAUCAGUUAUUCCGUCGAAGCUUAUACAAAAGAUCAAAACUAUUUGAUGCUAGAAGGUCCUCAUCCAUUCUAUCUAGGGAUGCCCGAAUGAGGCGGUGGGCCAUCAAGAAAUCUGAGAAUAGCUAUAAGAGAAUGGAGGAAUUCCUUCUUUCAGGUCUUAAAGACAUCAUGAAGGAGAAUAACUUUGAUUUUUUUGUGCCCAAGGUUGCAGAAAUUGAAGACAGAAUUAAAAAGGGUUAUUACAUUGGCCAUGGAUUGAGCUCUGUCAAGGAGGAUAUCAGUCGAAUGUGCAGAGAUGCAAUAAAAGCAAAGCAUCGGGGUGAAGCUGGAGACAUGAAUCACAUUAUUCCAUUAUUUAUUCAACUUGCCACUCGUUUGGAAGAGAGUUCUAAGUCGUCUUAUGAAAGGGAUGAGAUGAUGAAGCCAUGGGAAGAUGAUUCACCUUCUGCUUCGAAGUAUAAGAAGAAGCCCAAUAAAUCUUUGACUGAAAGAAAGUACUUGAAUAGGAGUAAUGGCUCUAGCUUUGCAAAUGGUGGUUUGGAUUAUGUAGACUAUGCAUCUGAUCGAGAAAUCAGAAGGCGUUUAUCCAAAUUGAAUAAAAUAUCUAUGGACUCAGAGAGUGAAACAUCUGAUGAGCAUGACAGGUCUUCUGAAGAUGGAAAGAGUGAUAGUGAGAGUACAGCCUCAGAUACAGAAAGUGACUUGGAUGUCCGGUUAGAAGUUCGAACCGCGGAGUCCAGAAGAGAUGGACGCUUUACACCAGAUGAGGGUUUGGAUUCUAGGACUGAUGAUCGUGAGUGGGGUGCUCGCAUGACAAAAGCAAGCCUGGUUCCUCCUGUUACUAGAAAAUAUGAAGUCAUUGAUCAAUACGUUACUGUUGCGGAUGAGGAGGAUGUGCAACGAAAGAUGCGUGUAUCUUUACCAGAGGACUAUGCUGAGAAGCUUCAAGCACAGAGAAGUGGCACCGAGGAGUCAGAUAUGGAGCUUCCUGAAGUCAAGGACUAUAAACCUAGGAAACAGCUUGGAGUUGAGGUUUUAGAGCAAGAGGUUUAUGGAAUUGAUCCCUAUACUCACAAUCUUUUGCUUGAUUCCAUGCCGGAAGAAUUGGAUUGGUCUCCACUUGAUAAGCAUUUGUUUAUUGAAGAUGUGCUCCUUCGCACUUUGAAUAAGCAAGUUAGGCACUUCACUGGGUCUGGAAACACUCCUAUGAUUUAUCCGUUGCAGCCUGUAUUAGAAGAAAUAGAAAAAUCUGCUGAGGAGGAUUGUGACAUACGAACUUUGAAAAUGUGUCAGGGUGUUUUGAAGGCCAUAGGUAGUCGUCCUGAUGACAAAUAUGUUGGUUACAGAAAGGGGCUUGGUGUUGUUUGCAACAAAGAAGGCGGUUUUGGAGAAGAAGAUUUUGUCGUGGAGUUUUUGGGAGAGGUUUAUCCCGUUUGGAAAUGGUUCGAGAAGCAAGAUGGGAUACGAUCUUUGCAGAAAAAUAAUAAAGAUCCAGCUCCAGAAUUUUACAACAUCUAUCUUGAAAGGCCAAAGGGUGAUGCUGAUGGGUAUGAUUUGGUUGUUGUUGAUGCUAUGCAUAAGGCGAACUAUGCAAGUCGAAUAUGUCACUCAUGCCGGCCUAAUUGUGAAGCAAAAGUUACUGCUGUAGGUGGUCAUUACCAAAUUGGAAUUUAUACUGUACGUAAAAUUCAAUAUGGCGAGGAGAUCACAUUCGAUUAUAAUUCUGUCACAGAGAGUAAAGAAGAAUAUGAAGUGUCAGUUUGUUUGUGUGGGAGUCAAGUUUGCCGGGGCAGCUACCUGAAUCUGACAGGUGAAGGGGCUUUCCAAAAGGUACUUGAGGAGUGGCAUGGAAUUCUGGACCGUUACCACUUAAUGCUAGAAGCUUGCGAAGUAAAUUCAGUAUCUGAAGAGGAUUACCUCGACUUGGGGAGGGCCGGUUUAGGCAGUUGUUUGCUUGGUGGGCUACCUGAUUGGUUGGUAGCCUAUUCGGCUCGCUUGGUGAGGUUUAUAAAUUUUGAAAGAACGAAGCUACCUGCGGAGAUUCUAAAGCAUAAUUUGGAGGAAAAAAGGAAAUAUUUUUCAGAUAUUUGUCUUGAAGUUGAGAGGAGUGAUGCUGAGGUUCAGGCUGAGGGUGUGUACAAUCAAAGGCUUCAGAAUUUGGCUGUUACUCUUGACAAGGUGAGGUAUGUUAUGAGAAGCAUUUUUGGUGAUCCGAAGCAAGCACCACCUCCUCUAGAGAAGCUGAGUCCUGAAGCCCUUGUUUCCUUUCUUUGGAAGGGAGAGGGAUCAUUUGUUGAGGAGCUUCUCCAAUGCACGGCUCCUCAUGUGGAAGAAGUUAUGUUAAAUGAUCUCAAGUCCAAGAUCCACGCUCAUGAUCCAUCGGGUUCUGAUGACAUCCAGAAAGAACUUCAGAAAUCUUUGUUAUGGUUGAGGGAUGAGGUCAGAAAUCUUCCAUGUACCUACAAGUCUCGGCAUGAUGCUGCAGCUGACUUGAUCCAUAUUUAUGCUUACACAAAGUGCUUCUUUAGAAUACGGGAAUAUAAUUCUGUAACUUCUCCACCAGUUUACAUUAGUCCACUUGACUUGGGCCCUAAGUACAUUGAUAAAUUGGGGGCAGGUUUUCAGGAGUAUUGCAAGACCUAUGGUGAGAAUUAUUGUCUAGGGCAGCUGAUUUUUUGGCAUAACCAGACCAGUGCUGAGCCAGAUUGUAGCCUGGCUAGAGCGAGUAGGGGUUGUUUGUUGUUACCUGAGAUUGGUUCCUUCUAUGCAAAGGUUCAGAGACCAUCACGGCAUCGUGUUUAUGGCCCAAGGACUGUGAGGUUUAUGCUGACAAGAAUGGAGAAGCAGUCCCAAAGACCAUGGCCCAAGGAUCGAAUAUGGUCAUUCAAAACCUCUCCGAAAGUUUUUGGCAGCCCGACGUUUGAUGCUGUUCGAAAAAAUACUCCGCUGGACAAAGAGAUGGUGCAUUGGCUGAAACACAGACCUGCCAUAUUUCAGGCCAUGUGGGAUCGGUGAACUAUUGCAGAGAUUGGGGAAGCAGCAGGAAUCAUUAGCCAAGUCUUUGUUAAUUGCUUUGGAUUGAUUUGUCAAUUUUAGUUCACAGCUGCCCCCUUUAAUGGGGGAGUUGUAAUCAUUCCAAAGCAUCAUUCGUUUUGUACUGCUUUUUCUCCUCAUUCUUGUGUACAGUUUUUCUUACCAUUGUAAUUUGUAAUUCGUUAUCUGGUAGUGAGUAGCAUUUGUUUUUCUCAGAAAAAAGAAAAUUAGCAUUGCUUUUCUCUCUAAUUUAAGGAAAAAAAAAAAAAGAAGUGCAAAGAAGAAAAAAGUCCAAGGAAUUGGGUGUUAAUUAUUUUUUUGGUUCCCCGUGUCAAAAUUCUUUUGUGCCUUUCUUUCCUCUCACAGUAAGGCUUGUAAUUUUCACAGAACAAGACGAAUGAGCUGUAUUUUCAUCAUUCUCAUGUCUUGUUCAUAGUUUAGGAGCAUAUUUUGACAUUUACCUUCUAAUUCUAAUCUUGCUUA